AUGACAUCAAAGACUUGCAAGUUCUUCCUAACUUGGUGGCUAACCCAGCAGGUGACUGGCCUGACAGGGCCUCCCAUGCUAGACAUGGCUCCCAAUGCAUUUGAUGAUCAGUAUGAGGGCUGUGUCGAAGAAAUGGAGAAAAGGGCACCCCAACUAUUACAAGAAGACUUCAACAUGAAUGCGGAAUUAAGACUUGAGUGGAAAAAUGCAGAGAUAAAAUGGAAUGAGAUCAAAAAUCGUAUCAGCUCUCCCAAAGGUUUCCAUGAUUUCCAUGGAAUAGCUUUAGUUGCCUACACUGGGGACAUGCACAAAAACUUUAAUGAUGCUACUAGAGACUUCAGAAUAAAUCGGGGUAACUUCCACUACAAAGGCUUCCAUUACUACUUAACAAGAGCUCUGCAGCUUUUGAGUAACCAGGGUUGUCGUUCAGUUUAUCGGGGCUCUAAGACCAAGUUUUAUUAUACAGGAACAGGCUCUGUGCGUUUUGGGCAGUUCACUUCCUCAUCUUUAUCUAUGAGUGUUGCUCUUGAUCCAGAAUUUUUCAGUCCACAGGGGACACUGUUCAUCAUCAAAACCUGCUUGGGGGUAUAUAUAAGAACAUUUUCCUACUACCCUAAUGAAGAGGAAGUGUUAAUCCCAGGCUAUGAAGUAUAUGACAAAGUCACAACAGAAAAUAUAAAUGGUUAUAUAGAGAUUUCUCUGGACUCCCCACAAAGGCAGAAGAGCAACUUCAACUGCUACUACAAUGGAGCUGCCAGGAGAUCCCAUUUUGAAACCUCUCUCUCUCCUUUCUCUUCAGGAUCCAGAGAGAGCUGUGUAUCCCUGUUCCUUGUGGUUCUCCUCGGUCUUCUGGUCCAGCUGCUUGCUCGUGCAGAGCUGUAG